CAAAAAUCGUCUAUUUUCAAAACUUAAGCAAAGUUGUUUUAAUGUUAGGAAGGUCAGUUCAGUAAUGUUUAUUAAGAAUAAUUAAUGACGAAAGUUACUUUUCUCCCGUAACUUUCGUGACAUUCGCUUUACGCUUGGCCCUUGGCGCAUGUUGUCUAAGCAAAAACCAUAGCCUGGCAAAAACAUGGGACGAAAAGGAAGAGAGCUGUAAGAGUGAAAAACAAAUGACGCGCGUUUCAUAUUACCAUCUUUGAAUCAGUGUCUUGCUGUCUGCUACUAGCCCCUGGUUUGAUUUCGAAACGUGAAAAGCAAAGCACAAACAGACCGCAGUUCUGAACCACAGGAUUAAAAAGAAAUGACGUCUAUCGUACGAAUUAAACGCCGAUUUAGUCAAGAACCAGUCGAAGCUCUUCUGCUUGCAUCAAAACGUAUGAAAGUGGAAGAGUCCUUGUCAGCACAUGUAGUUGAAGAGAACAUUUUCAGGUUUUGUGGAACUACCGAAAAUGAGGAAGAAAACAUGGAAAAUAUUGCCAAAUUGGUUCAAAAAGGAAAAUUGACAUCCCAUCGUCAACCUGCGAAGGCUUACAGAAGCUAUCAGCCAAAAAAACAGAUGGACCCAGCUACUCCUAGCAGUGAAAAAAAGUUCAAGGUUUUAAAUAAAAUGAGGAAUCUGGACAUUGCAGAUAGUUGGAAAAUUUAUGAUUUGGAACUUGAAGAACAUCAACAAUGUGAAAUUGCUACUUGCAAUGGUGUUCCUCUUGUUGUUGAAAAAUGUGAAGUGUUGAAAGAAGAGAGUAAAUGUGUCUUUGAUGUUUAUUACUGUGAAGAAGGAACAUUUGAUGAUGGAUAUAUUGACCGCCUUAUGAGCGUUCAACCGUAUUAUUACCAUCCUGGUGAGCAUGAAGAAGAAAGUGACAACUACGACACCGAUGAUUCUAACGACGAAAGUAAUUGGCGCAAUGAUUAUCCCGACACAGAUGAAGAAGAGGAAGGUGACGAAGACAUAGUGGGUAAAAUGUGUGGACUUUAUUUGGAGCGGAACGAUGAGUUUUCAUCCGAUGACGAAGAUUUUAUAUACUCGAAAGACGACGAUUACCAACCCGGUGAUGCCUACUUGGAUUAUAAGAAACGUGUGAUGAGAGAUCUUGUACUUCACGUUAGAAGCGACAGUGAGGACGAUGACUGCGAGUAGAUCUUGUUGAAGGCAGGAAGUUAAUGCUGUUAAAUUUCCCAAGUACAUUCUAACGUCGAAAUUUUUUUUACCGAAACUUUAUUUGCGAUAUACAUGCAGUCUGUGGUGUUGUA